UUGCAAAUCAAUUCGAUACAUCGAAAGGGACUCUAGUGCCGGCGAUUUCUUUUAAGCAACCGUUCUGUUGAGAUGUGAGAACUGAGGGCCAGAUGUGGAGAAUACAAAUUGGUACAAACUUCUCAAGACUGAUAUAUUUAUUGCCUAUUAAUUGUAUAUUGAUUUCUUAAUCAAUAUAUAAAUGAAUUUUCUGAGAAAUAAGUUCGAAUUAGCACCAACCAUCGACUAUUUAGCGGACAAUAACUGUACUAUUAUGUAUAAAAAUGUGUGAAAAUCACAGUUUGAAAAGUUUGUGAAAACUUACUAUUUCAUUAAUCUCUUCAAAGUCUUACUUUGUACAGACUAACUCAAGCUUUGAGAUAUUACAAGGAGACUUAGUUGGAACCACACCUAUAUUUAAUAUACAGUGGAACUUCUCUAACUCGAAUCACCAUUAUUCAAAAAUUGUUCGAGUUAGAGAGACUUCGAGUUAUAAAAUUUUCAUUAAAACAUAAAAAUUUUCAAAAAUAUGUAAAAUAUAAAUAAAUCGAAUAAAGUUAUAUGUAUACGAGUAUAUAGCUCAUUUACAAGAAUAGUGUCACAAAUCAAAAAAGUCGAUUUUUCAUGAGAACUGUUUAAAGUUUUCAAUUGUCUCUUAUUCAGAGAAAACUAGUGGCUUGUAGUAUAUUGAAUAAAAUGAUGAGCAUAAGUGGACUAAAAAAGUGUGUACUGAAGCUUGGCCGUAGGCAUUAACGUAACCCCUUUGAAAUUAUGUCGUUAUUUGUGAAAAAUGUUAAUCAAUUUCGCUGUCAUAAGUUAAAUGUGUCUUUAUUUCUGAAAAGCAACAUAAAAAAUUUAAUUUCCAGUUCAUAAAUAUCGUUCUAACACAAAAAAAAAAAAACAAAAAAACCUGAAAAAAACCAAAUUCAAAAUAUGUCGUUAUUUUGUAAAAAAAUAUAACUAAAUCUGGAACAACUGAGAUGUGUCGGUUUCGUGUUUUUGAGUUAUGACACUAUUCAUGUAAAUGAGCUAUGUUAAAAUAUGUAGCUCAUGUAGCCAAAACAACAAAAUGGCGAAAACCGAAAACACAUAAAGUACUAUAACUAAACCAUAAACAAAGCUAUGAAAUCAACACAAUUUAAAUGGAUGUGGCUCCACCCACUUUUGGGUCAAAAAACAUAUCUCCGAAACUACUCGUCCAAUUUCAAUGAAAUUCGAUUUGUAAUAUUUUUCUUACAUCCCAAUGAUAUGUUGUGAAAAUAGGCGAAAUCGGUUCACUACCACGCCUACUUACUAUAUACCAGAACUUCCAUGUCGAUCUGAAUCGUUUACUUUACUAUAUAUAAAAAGUAUGCACUAAUGAACAUAUCGGAACAGAACUUUGCAUAAAUACUACAUUUAUAGUGUGGCAUCGCAAUUCUAAAAAUCAUAGAAAUCGGACCAUAAGUUUUCAAGGAGCCAUAUAUCGUACCUGAGGACCUCAAUGCUUCUAAUAUUUUUUAUCGAAAAUAUAGGUAAGUCGCUCAGAUAUUUUGAGAAAUUCAGAGGGAAUAACUUUCUUUUGAUAAUAUGUCUCAGUGCCAAAAAUGGGUGAAAUCGGGUCAUAACUUCACCUAACUCCCAUAUACCUAAUAUUAGGGUUUCCAACUUUCAAUGGACUUUAUACCAUAUAUGUGAACAAAAUGCGAGUCAUAUUACUAAAUUGCGAGAGUAUAAAAUGUUCGGUUACACCCGAACUUAGCCCUUCCUUAUUUGUUAGAUUUUGUAAUUGUAUAAUGUAUUUCGAAAAGUUUGAUUUGUGGAAGGAAAUUUGUAUAAAAUUCGAGUUAGGGAAGUUUGAGCUAUGGAAGAAUAUUUGUAUGAAAUUUGACUUCUAUUGCCCAUUAAAAAGUUCGAGUUAAGGAGAUCUUCGUGUUAUAGAAGUUCCACUGUAUAUAACGGUACUUAUUACAAUAGCAGAAAAACAGAGAAUAUUUCGGAAGAUUAGUUUUUCGUAGACUAAACUGCACAUCUAGCUCCUUCGUAGGUUACCCAUGCGGGCUUUGCAUAUCUAAAGAGGAACUUAAGUAUAGCUGACUUCUUGUAAUUUUGUUUUUGUAAAUACACAAAGUGCAUUAAAAAUCAUGAACUUGCAUUAUUCAUUUCAAUAAAAUAGUUUUAGAACUACUAAAUAUGCGAAUGGUGAAAACAUCCAGAAAAACAAUAUUUCUAAACUUAACUUAUUACUAGGGUAGGUCGAUAAGUUAUUGAAUUUUGAAAUUGAAAGAAUAUAUCGUUGAAAGGCGUUUGCUGCAUAUAAAUCUUGUUUUGAUAGAGUCUGUCUUAAUAGAGCUACAUUCCACCUUAAUUGUAAACGUGGUACCAAUUAUUAACUAUAUUUCUGAAUAUUUGUUGAUAAUUAGUGAUAAAAAGUUGAGACAUAUAUCAAGCCUGUUCGACAACAGGAAUUUUAUUCCCAGACUUUUCUGUGGUUGCAUUAUCAAGCAACCCUCGUAUGUUUGGAAAACGUCAUUGCUAUUUGCGUGCAAAUACUCAAUUUGGUCUCAAUUUAUUAAGUAGCCAUGAAAUAUUGCUCUCCCAAGGGAAUAUAUGUAUUUUUAAUUCCACACACAUAUUUACAUACAAUACAUUCAUACGUAUGUACUUAGUGAGGAAUCAAAUUAAUAUUGUGAGCAUUUAGUAGCCUAAGGAAUUCAUAGAGUUUUAGUUUCGUUGGCAACACCCCAUUUGUUAUUUGCCGAUGUAACAUAUAUGCAACAGUGGAAAAACAACUUAUGUACGUAUGAAUACACUAAAAUAUAUACGAAAAUAUAAACAUAACUGAGUGAGUAUUGUUGUCAUACGCUUUUUAAUUUCCUAGAAACGACAAAUGAACGUAUUCAAAUCACAACAAAAGCUUGAAUAAAACCGACUCUGGCAAAAAUAGAGUAGAAAUGAAGAUGAUAGAAGAUAGUUGGAUGUAGCACAAAAAACAAAUAGAACAAGUGAUUUUUGACAAAGUUGUAAUGAAUUAAAAUGUCACGCAACCCCUAUUUAUGGGACACAUCUGGCAACUCUGCCGAGGAUUGGUGCAUAUUUGAGAUUUUAUGUGAAGAUGUGAAAGUGACAAGUGACAACAAGCUUGACCCGAACUGCAAUAAUACCGUUGCGAACAUCCCCGAGCACCAUCAUGGAAUUGAUGUUGUCACGGCUCUGCGCAGUGAAAUGGCGGCUGUAUCUUAUAAACGUGACCGUCUUGCAAAUGAUCUCGGAGAAACACGCGCUGUGUUGGCCGCACGUGAAUCGGAAUGUGAGAAUUUACGCGCCCAAGCCGCACGUCAGUCGGCUCUUAUUAGCAGUCUACAAAAUCGGUUGCAAACCGCUGAGAGUCGCGAACAAUCGAUGCAGACUCGUUGUGACUCCACUAUCCACACGAUUCAACGAGAGAAACACUCUUCCGAUGAACGCAACAAAGAACUGCAAUGUAAAAUACAGCACCUGGAGAACCACUUGGCAGCGGAGGAACAGCAGAAGGAACAGGCGCGUGCACAACUCAACGAUUCGCUACGACGUCUGACCACCUGUCUGGGCGUGGACCUAUGUGAGAAUGUACAUCCCACACCAGAGUGUGUGCUGAAUCGCGCCGAGGAGGUAAUGAUCGAGCUGCAACGUACCAAGGCAAAGGCGAGCUCCACUUGCGAUACACUAAGCAGUUGCGAGAACGAGUUAAUGAACUUGAAAUCGUUGGCGAAUAUUGAGAAACAGCGAUUGAGCGCCCAACUAGAAGGUAUCACCAAUCAUAACCAUGGAUUGGAGGGACGUUGUCGACAGUACGAGCGUGAUCUUCAAUUGCAACGCGAUCGGUUGACCGAGUCGGAGAUAAGUGGUGAGAAAUUGAAAGAAGAGUUGCGUGGCUUCGAGUCGCGUUGUCAUCGCUUACAAAACAAUCUGGAUCGCACGCAGAGUGAGCGUUUGCAGUUCCUGCGUUGCCUAGCGAACCAACUGAAUGUGCCAGAGCCAUGUGAAACCCUGAUCAAGGAGAAAGUGCGUGAUAUGCUGGGAGAAAAUCAAACAAUGCAUGUGCAACUGCAUUCUCUCCGCGAUCAACUGAAUUUGGAACAGUCUAAGUUGAAGGAGACUCAAGAGACUACACAGUGUCGUUUGCGUACGGAGGAAGCGCAAAAAUGUGAACUCGAGGAACGUCUAGAGAAGUGUCAAGCUGAGAUACAUACCCUGCGCAAUGAUCACUUGGGGCUUUCCGAGUUUUUGCAACGACUUGCACGCGCUCUGAACUGGGCAGAAUGUACCUCACCGCCCGCUCUCGGAACAGACACCAACAUUUUAGCCGAGUCACUGUUGGAACGUUCCGAACGAAUUGCCGCGCAUUACGAUCACCAUGGACAUGAACAUGACGCAGGACAUCGGCAUCAUCAUCACUCACGUCGUGAACAUUCACCGGAGAAGGGCUGCUGCGAUCAUCAUGCACAUGUUCAUGGCAAAUUGAGACGAGAGCGUUCGUGUCACGAUAUACCAUUGAAGGAGAGCAGUAGUAUUUACACCUUACAGCGGCGCGUUCGCAUAUUGCGGGAGCAAGUGCAGCGUCGGGACUUACAUUUAGAGCUACUGCGACGUAAAUUAGCGAUCAUUGAAGAAGGCGCCAGGGGAAAGUGCAUGCUUCAGGGUGAGCGAGAUGAAGCUGUAUGCCGUUCCAAGAAAGCCAGCAAACAAAUUGACAAACUCACCGCACAGCUGGUGGACGCACGCAGCCAAAUAGCUGAGGUCAAAGCACAGCUUGCAGAGGCAGUCGAAUACAAGAUAACUGCACUAGAGCGAGCACGCAAAAUCGAUGAGCUCACUGGUCAAAUUUGCGACCUGGAAGAAGAGAAAACACGUUUGCUGACGCAAUUUAAUGCUGUUAAGGACCGUCUGAAGGCCACAAGUGAAUCUUCACAAAAUAGACGUUGUCGCGAUGAGGCACUCAUCACUUCUCUUCGCGAAGACAUCACACGACUACAAAACCAGCUCUCCGAUGCCAAUCAUCGUCUCUCCCAUCUACAAUCGUUCCGUACCUCAGUAGCGCGUACGCUUCACCUACGUGACUUGCCGGAAUCGGAUCUUCUGCUUCGCUUGCAAGCACUCUGCUCAGCUCAUCAGGAGUUUACGCUACUCUCCAAACGUUAUGAGACUACAUCACCAGUUGGUGAUCAUCCGUGUCCCCGUUUCGAUGAUCCCAUCCCGCCGACACCACAUUGUCGUCCGCCCAACGAUGUCGAACUGUCUGGUGUUCCUAUGUACGAGGAGCACGCGAGAUCGUCGCACAAACAUUCUCACCAUCACUCAACUGCUGAGCAUCACCAGCAUAAACAUCGCAACAAGAGCCGUGGCGGUGCUGGUGGCGGAGUGGGCCGUUGUGCAGAUCGCUCUAAUGAUCGCAUCACAGGCUGCCCUGAUGGUCGCAACGCAGGUGGCACCAUUGCUACAAGCAGCAAACGUAUGCAUGAUAAAUGCUUUGAUUCUGAUGUCCAUCGACAUCAUUGCAGUUCUGGAGACUUUCUGAGUGUCGGAUACGAUGAUCUCGAUUUCAAAUAAACACUUCUAAGCAAUGGAAGUUCGUGCAUAAUUUUAGACACUACUGCUAUUUUUAUACUCUUUACUAUCUCAGGCGUAUUUCAAUAAAGUGGGUAUUUGAAGAAGAUUAUGGGAGC